GCCACCCGGCACAGACGAGCUUCACAGGGCUGUGUAGCAAGGGUAGUGUUGUACUUGUGGACGUCAGUUGUGUGUGGGGUGAUGGGAGGCACACUUUCAAUCAUCAAGCUGGUGGCUCUUGAUCAUAACUGCUAAUGCUGCAGUCAGUGGCUAGAAGUGUCUGUCUUUAAAGGGGUUCUCCACCUUAAUGUGUUCCUGUAGAGAUUGUCUUUGAUGUGAAGUGUUCGGGAUCGGACAGAGGUUCACGAGAUUGCUUUGCACGUUUGACAGAUAUUAAGUUUGACAGUGUUUGUCUACGGAUUUUGUUUUCGAGAGCCUGGAUUUCUACUUCUGUUUUCAACUAAGUCUGAAGAAAUGAAUGUACAAAAGAGCAGUGACAGUCGUCGUCUCCCUGAGCAAGAGGACUGACCAGGGUUUCUCUGCUAGUACGUGUUUGAUAUUGGCUUAUACGUGUACAGCUGACCAAGACCUACGACUGUAUGUCAGAUGAAUUUAAUCUUCUUCAAACAACUCGAGCUGACCCAGUAAACACCUCGGAGUCGCACACCGCUGAGUUCAUCAUAUCGGUUCCAUGGGGAAUGAAGAUCAUCUUUGUGAGCGCGGAUAAUCUUCAUCGCGACGCGACAAGGAUCAGGUUACCUAGCCAAGUGUAACCACGGUUGAAUGUCCUCGUGAAAAUAUUGGAAUGGAAAUAUCUUGUACAUCUCAUGAAUGACUUGUCUGUUGCAAGGCUGUGGGUAAAGUCGACUGCUCGGAGGAGAUGUAAACAAUUUAGUACUGUGUCCCUACAGGAUUAGUCUUGGUGGUGUUGUGAGCGUAUUAAGUUGAUAUUGGAUACAGUGUCUUCAUGGACUAUUCAUCAUUGGACUAUUUUUCUUAUUCACAAAGCUCAUUUGUUGAUUGACAAGCGUUUUUGGAAGGACAGAAACUGAACUUUGUAUCUCAACAGACAUGAUCGACCAAUAAUUUUUUUUAGGACAUUGCAAACUUUAUCUUUUGUGUCAGGUUUUAUAGAUUCUUAGUGACUUUUUCCGUCUCUGGAAUUUCAAUAUACCUUUAAAAGAAACGCAGUAGUUUUCAAUAUUGAGUUGCAUUAUUGUCCAUAGUUUCAGGAUAAAGGGAGUGAUAUUCUUCAGUGGGCGAGGUGAGCAAGAUUUGCAUGAUUAAUGAAGCUCAACAGCCUUGUUGGGUUUAAUGGAGCCUGAAGUGGGUGAGCCUAUAAUUUGUGUGUAAUUAUACCUCCUUGAGAUGAAUACCUCGGCCAUUUUCAACAGACUCAUUUACAAGUGUUACAGCGUGAAUCAGACAGUGUAUUCGAUUUGAAAGACGGAAAUUUGAUGCUUGAGAUUCGGUUUAUGUUUUCAUAUCUUUCUUAAUGAUCCCUGACAGUUACCCAUUUAAUGUAUUCUCUGUCUGACUAUGGAACAGGUUCUGUAUGUUUAGGUUUAUUGUGUAUCGUAUAUUUAUAAAACAACUUGGACAAAUGUUCAUUCACGAUCAAACAGCUGGACUACUGCCCUAGAAAUUGCCCGAUUUGUUGGGUUCUUGUUCGCUUAAUCCAUGGUGUUUGUUGUGAAGACUUCUGACUUUUUGAGCUGAAUGUCAGGUGGUUCACUGUCAGAGCUGGAGUAGCUGUGUGUGUUAUAUUGGGCAGGAGGAUUAUAAUCCGGCCUUGAAUUGGGACAUUACAGCCGAUUGUAGCCUGCUGCUAAUCCCAUUAUUGCCUGUUGAACUGUGUUUAUUGCAAUCACGGAGAAAAGAAGCAUAAUUGGCAAUUAUUGUGAUGCAACUAAAACCUUAAGAGUUUCAAGUGGGCCUCUUGCUCUGCUCACUGGUAUUAGGAGUUUUGAAGGAAAGUCUUCUUGUUCAUUCGUGUUGAGUAGCUGACUCAACAGUUUAAAGGGAAAUCAUAGGUUGUUCUCAGUGGAAUAUAUGACUGAAGAGUUAUAGUGGAGAAUCUUGUGGUUUAUCCACAGAAUAUGUAAACAGUUUUAAUGGAGAGUUGUUUAUUUGAACAUCUGAACCAGUUUUAAGGAACUGGUUUAUUGAAUAGCCGACGACAGCUGUGAAGAAGAGACUCAGUUUUGGGAAUAAUCUUAUAGAUCCUUCACAUUGGAGUACCUGUGUCCUGAAAUGCUUGUGUUCUGCUUCUGUCCAGUGUGACCUUUCAUUGUGAAAACUCUGUAUCCUUUCAACAAACCAUGAUGAAGUUGAGAAAGAAGAAGUUUCCACGAUCUUUCCAGAAGAAGAAGAACAAAAAGAUCGAAGACCCCGAAAACCCGACCAGUCCAACAUCCCCGACGUCGCCAACAACCCCACUGACACCCCUGAGUCCUACCACUCCGCCCGUGUUCAGCCCAGCCAUAGCUUCUCCCACAGCUGAUUCGGGGUUCUUUGACCAGCCGUCAUCGCGUGAUGCUGAGAACUUUGACUCAGCAGCCUCUGUAUCCCCCCUCUCCCCCUCGUCCCCAACAUGGGCCUCCCCCAACAACACCCCCGGGACGGAUGACAGCGACCAGGACAUUACUCAACUUUUUGCUGAAAUUUUGAAGCAAGUUGAAGAAAAUAAUUCCACAUCACGGUUUGAAUUUGAUCGUAUGUCAUUAGACACAAUCUCCUCCAGAUCCGUCACUCCGGAUCCGGACCUUGAGAGUCUGGCUGAGCUUUGUCCAGGGAGGCUGGGAGAGUCCUUCAAUGAGAAGAUUAAUACCACGGAUGACAGGGAUAUCGUACCUGCCUUGAAGAAAGGGGAGAAUACUCUUCCUUGUGGAUGUGAUAGAGAAUGUUUGUCAACAGUUGAGGUGAAACAUGUGGAGAUCAAGGCAGGAUAUGACGGGGGUGCGGAAACAUGUUUUGUUAUUUCCACCUCAACGAUACAGGUUUGUCAUCAUCCCCAGUGCACGGAGGAGAACCAGGACCGGCCGCUGUUGCUGUGCCAUCAGUGUGACCUUGACAUUCAUAAAAAGCCAGAGUUCACAGGUCAUCUCGUUCUUGAUGCUCCCAAAAGACGUAAACCCAUUUUAUCCCACAUCUCGUCCCCUGAGUCUGGUAACCAUAGCAACAGUGAGGCUGGGGAGGAGUCUGAGGGGGAUGAGGAUACUGUAGAUGGUAUCUACAUCAAGAACACAGAGAAGGCGAAAAGAUCAAGAUCCCCCAGUGAUAUUGAAAGGAGGUUAAAACGAAAAAAGGCAGUCAAGAAAAAGAGUAUCGUGAAGAAUGACGGCUUCAUCCGACACAGCCAGAGUCUAGACUCGGGGCUGAACAUGGCCAAUUCCCCAGAGCAUGAUUCUGAAAGUCGGGAUGCAAGUGAAGGACUGAAAGAGGACGGGGUACUAGAGGACAUCAAUGGGGACCCUGGUCUCCCUCCAUCUGGGAGGGUUCCGCUCAGGCAGCAGUCUAGGUUGCCCUCUGUAGACGACUACUUCACGUUAAGGUUUGCGGACAACAUCGAUGGUGAGGAUGUAGAGGUGGUCGCUGCUGUCAAGAACGUCACACUGCAAGAGACUCUCCAUCCCAUACUGGAACGUCGGAACCUGGAUUGUUCCAAAGUGGAUGUAUUUGUAGCUGACUCCAAGACGCCUCUUCCCAUCAACUGUGAUACAUUCAACCUCGCAGGAAGCACUUUGCACAUUAAAUCUUCCGAUCGCAAAAAAGAUAGUGAUUCUGCUGUAAGUCGGAGCGCAUCAAGUAGUCGGCCGUCAAGUGCGUCCAAGUCCACCUCAACGAAAGGAACAAAGUCAGCCGGGAAGAACGCACGACGAGAAUCGGUCACGCAAGUCCCCGUUCUACUCGAGCCCCCGCCUGUAAAACAACGACGGGGCUCGCUACAGUUCUUCAGUAUAUCAAAGAAUGAAAACUCAUCGGGCAAAUCUGGGGAUGGUUUGAAAGUCUAUGAUGACUCCUUUGGGAGCUUACGAUCGCGGCGAGGGAAUAUUAACCUGUCCAUUGAUGAGACGUUCUCCGUCCCGUCUACCAGCCCACAAGGAACUCUCACGUUCAGUGAGGGAAGAAAACUCAGCAAAACGCCUAACAAGCUUGCCAACCUCUUCGCUCCUCUCAAUAAGGAUCGAGAAAAGCUAGAGCAACUAAAUGAAAUUCUCAGCGGCUACAGUCAAAAUGGCCUACCGCCUCCACCUCCUCUCCUGGAGCUGGGCAAGGAGCCAAUCAAAGAGGAGGCCUAUGUCCUAGAAAGCCACUGGAGCGCCAUCGUUGACCAUGCAUCGCAGUUGUCUAAACGCCAACAUGACCAGCAGGAAGCGAUCUGGGAGCUCCUGCAGACAGAGCUGUCCUACCUCUCACAGAUCCGGGUUAUAACAGAGGUCUUCCAAGCUUGCCUUCUCAAUGUGCAGAGUGACUCUCUUCUUAAUGAGAUCGAGACGGAGAAGAUGUUCAACAACAUUGACGCCCUCCUGGCCGUCAACCGACAGCUGUGGGAACAUCAUCUCCUGAAGGUGCUGGAGGAGUCUCGACGUACCCGAGAGCCCUUCAACCCCACCCUCCUCAAACCCGGCUUCACCAAGGAGUUCAGCAAGCUGCUACAGCCCUACACCCAGUACUGUAUGGAGCAAAAGGCUUGUGUCGACUACAUGAAGGCCAAACACAACGAAAAUGACCUCUUUAAAGUUUUUGUCAUGUGGGCGGAGGCACAGAAGAAGUGUAACCGGCUGAAGCUGACCGACCUGCUGGUCAAGCCCAUGCAGCGGCUGACCAAGUACUCCCUGCUACUCCAGGCCAUCCUACGGAAGACCGAGAAUGAACGACAGAGGAGGGACCUGCUCGAGAUGAUUGGCAAGGUUGAUGAGUUUGUGACCCACGUGAACACAAGUAUGAGGGACCAGGUCGACAAGGAGAGAAUGGAAGCCAUUGUGACCAAGAUCGAGCCUUACGAUGCAGUGGAAGCUCCUAAUGAUGAAUGUGUGAAGUUGGUUCAGAGCUACAACUCCAACUUCGACCUCCGAUCUCCGAUGCCAGGCUUCAGUUCGUGUCACAGUCGGGCGCUGCUGAUGCACUCCGCCCUGAAGAUGAAGGAGGCCCAAGCCAGGAUGGAUGUGGACUGUUUCCUGUUCACCGACCUGCUGUUAGUCUGUAAGGCGAACAAACGCAUGGACAAAUUCAAGAUCACCAAACCGCCCAUGAGACUGGAUCGCAUCAUUGUACAGGAUCUCAAGGACAAAGGGAGUUUCCUGCUCAUCUACCUGAACGAGUACCACACCCCCAUCUCGGCCUUCACCUUCCAUGGAGAUCAGACAGGGGUCAAGGUCUGGUUGGACCAUAUAAAACGAGCUCAGGAAACAUAUUCCGAAACUCUGAUGAAGGAUCAGCAGAAGGCCCAAUCCAAGGUCAGCCAGGUCAAAGAGGAGGUCAUUUACACGCCUCUCAGCCCCCUCCCAAAACCUGACCUCAUCUCAAUGGAGCGCAGUGGGAGUAUAGAGUCUGCCGAGGGCAACUUUGUCCCCAAUCUCACCACACAAAACUAUGCAUCACCAUCAUCGCCAAAGAAGCCCAAUGGUAUCGCAGCACAUCUGAGCUUACAGGAUGUCGGGAGAACAGGAUCAAUGGGUACGCUCGUUAACCACACUAGUCCAAAGUCAAGCGAGUUAGCCACAUCCUCCUCCUCCCCCGACUCGUCGCCAGUCACAAAGAAGAAACACAGACCGGUGUCGACUUGUCUCUCCGUGCCUAACAUCAUGGAUGGGCGCCAAGACCUGCAGAUUUCUCCCUCACUUAACUCAGUCUCUCGGGACGAUUCAAAUAUUGACGAUCUUAAGGAAGAAGACAGCAAAGAGAAACGGAACCCUCGAAGGGUUUCGAGGAACGAAAAACGUUACUACACUGUAGAUUCUGUACAGGAACUUCAGAAGAACAAAGAUCGGGAUAAUAGUAUACAUAAAAGACUUUCCUGGAACUUAGGGUCAAAAGAACUAGGGUGUAAAGACUUGCGUCUGGAGGAGCGGAAUCUACAGGACCCGCUCCACGCGUCAGAUUCUCUGAGGAGUAUUCCAAGCUCUAGUGGUUUUAGUUCGUCAGGGUCGUUACAUUUGAACCCAGAGAGUGAGAUCAGUGAGGAAACGUAUAUUCAUACGAGUGACCAUGAUGUGUCGAUGUUGAGUAUAGAGCGGGAUGACAUGCCUGCAGAACUUACGCCCGAGACCAAAAAUUUCAAGUCCAAGUCAACAUCAGACAUCAUGGCGUUAAUGCAGGAUCUGAAGACGAGUGACCAGGAAGGCGGGAUUACAUCCGUGGAACUACCCAUGGUGGACAGCAACAAGAAGAAGCUGUCACACGCGCAGAUACUCAGGAUGAAGAAAAUGCACCUACUUCUUAACUCCAACGUUGAGGCAUCGGAGGUAUAGCAGUCGGAGUGAGACGUUGUACAUAGACGUAUACAUAGCCAGAAACAUUGUACAUAUGUACAUAUCUCCUGUACACAGAACUAGACAAAGUGCUCAGUGUAUAACAAGGUAGCGUGUCAUCCAUGGGACAUGGUUAUACAAGAAAGUGAUACAAUAUAGGGUCAAGGACACAGCAGUGGUACACCAGGUGGUACAAUCAGUGGUACAAACAGCUGCCAAAUACUGCACACCACCAGUAUUAGUAGUAAUGAAAUGAUACUGGAAAACACCAGUAUUAUAGCAAUACACUUCUCCACUUUGGUGAAGUCUCAUGCUGUAUUAAUAAUCCCGAAUUUCUGGAAAUAUUUCUUAAAAACCAGGAACGCUGGAAUGAAUUCUGGAUUAGACUGAUCAAAGCUAGAGUGAUUACUGGUUUGAACCGGUAUUAGCUGGAAUCAAUACUGGAUUGUACCUGUACUAGCUAGAAUGAAUACUAGAUUGUACUGGCAAUGGCAGGAAUGUUGUGAUUAGCUUUACUUGGGAAUAUGAUCUCAAGACAUCUUCACCAUUACCAAGAUGUUGACAGAGGGGCUUUGGACAGAGACCUCUGGAGAACAAACUGUGUUACCCAAGGCAAAAACUGUGAAACCUGUCAGACUGGAAUCCCUGUUUCCAGGACGAUUCUGUAAGAAAAAUCUACAUACACAGGACAUUACUCUGUCAGAAAGAAAUUUUAAUCCGGAAAUGUGUUUUCGGGACAAGUUUUCAUCGGGAACAUCAUCAUCCAGAUCAACAGGUGCUCUGUCCUGGGUGACCAUGGCGCUCAGCUGGAACUGUUUGAACACGCAGUGCAAGGUGGAUGCUCAGCAACUGUGAGCUGGCGGGGAUUGUUGAAUGAAGUGCAUUGACAGAACAAGAGAUUGGUUUUGUUCGGUGCCAUGAUUGCCUGGAGGGAAGAUAUUGUGUGGAUAGUGUUAGCUAGCCCUACUGAAGGAAGGUGCCAUGAUUGCUCUCAAAAUGUUACCUGGAAUGACUGGACAAGUUGCAGAGGAGCAAGAUGAAAAUUGUUUCAAUAAGCGCCUGAUUAAGUGAUGACUGGUUGUCCUAUGCAAUAGACGACAGUGGUACUUUAUUGGGAUUCAAAGUCACAGCUGACAGAACAAAUACAACUAAUAAUGUCAACACUAGAGAAUAACCAGAUUCAAUGAUCUACCAGAAAAGAUUUCAUUGGGCGUGAAAGGCAAAAUGGUGUGAAAAUUAUAUGAAUGUAUCACUUAAAAUCAGUGAUGACACCAGGUGUUUGCGAAAAGGUAAGCAUGUCCUGCUCCACCUGUAGCAACUGCCACUCACAUCAUUUGCAGAUAAAAGGCAGCGUUUGUUGCCUGGGGCUGCCGAGCAGGGCUCCUGCCAUGGGACAGUGGCCUGAAGAUGAAGCUGAUACUGAUUGUUCUCGCAUAUCCCUGUAAAGUACUGUCAGGAGUCCUCUAUCUGUCUGAGAGCACAGCCAAAUACCUCCACAAGAAGCACAGUGUAUAUGGUGAACAGAUCGUGCAAACCACACUAUUCACUUGCCUUGUCCCAGGCAUCUGUUGUCGAACUCAAGACACAUGCAGCUGCACCUUUGUUUAUUUGAUGGGGAUAUAUUUGUACUACACGUGGCCCAAAUAACAAAUGCCCUUGGAUCAGAGCCACUAGAUGUACUCAGAUGUAGGAUGUUUCCACCAUUGCCCUUCCAAUGUUGCCUCUUCACAAUAAAGGUGUUGCAAGCACCCUAGUCCACGAGAUCAGAGCAAUUUAUUUCACCAGAGGUCCAUUUAAGUUUGUUUUGGGGCGGUGGGGUAGCCUAGUGGUUAAAGUGUUCGCUUGUCACACCAAAGACCUGGGUUCAAUUCCCAACAUGGGUACAAUGUGUAAAGCCUAUUUCUGGUCUCCCCUGUCGUGAUAUUGCUGGACUAUAUAUAAAAGAGGUAUAAAACCAUACUCACUAAUGUUUGUUUCUAAGACCAAAAAGGCUGAAUUUUUUUUGGGGGGGGGGCAGGGUAGCCUAUUGGUUAAAGUGUUCUCUCGUAAUGCCAAAGACCCAGGUUCGAUUCCCCAACAUGGGUACAAUGUCUGAAGCCCAUUUCUGGUGUCCCCCACCCCUUGAUAUUCCUGGAAUAUUGCUAAAAGCGUCUUAAACCAUACUCACUUUGUCAAAAAUGUAUGGACCUCUAUAUGAAAUAAAUGGCUCCCAUCUCUAGGACUACUUGGUUACACAGCCUCAACAAUGCAACGAAGCCCUGAUCAAAACAACGACACGAGGAUUACGUAGACUCCAUGUUGUAUCAGCGUGUGUUCGUGGAACAUGACAUCUUCGUUGUAACAUUAGGACCACACUACACAGAAGCAGGACUGUAGGGAGGAAUCCUUAGACCAGCCGAUACGUUUUUGAAGUAAUGGUCAGUUCGUAUUUAAAAAUUUGCUUUUUAAGGUUCUAGAAUGCUUGUAUCAUUUUUGAGAGGACGUCAAACCGGGAUAAAACUACCAAAUUUGGAACUACAUUUUAUACAGUUGGAGACCAUGCUAUUCCGUGGGGUUUAUUAUCUGCUCCACUUCUGAUAGGGAUAUUUAAUCUUUUCAUAAUACAUAAGACCGGUUUUCAUAAUAUGUCAAGUGUACAUUUAAAAAGAAUGACAUAUCUGAUUAUCCUUAUCAAAAGCUGAUCAGUUUAUUUGGUUUUAAUCGUUUUAGAUAUGAUAAUAUUGAUAUUAUCUGAAACUUCAGUUCGUAAAACCAAGAUUAUCUGUAAAUGAGAGAAUAAGUAACACCAACCAAGGAAUAUAUGAGCACUUCUAGAGCACAAGAAGGUUGGCAUUUUUAAGCCCGGACUGGCUUUUCUGUAGGAGAAUCAUGCUGGUGUUUUAAGAGCUGUUGAAAGAUACGUAUAAUCUCACUGACCGAGAAAAGGAUACUGACUUCUCCACUUCUACGAUGUAGGUCAAUGUGUAGAAUCUGAUGUGCUCGUACUACAAAUAUCAUCCGAAUACUGCUGAAACAUGUUUGAUAAGAAUUUAGUUUUACUUUCGAUACUGUAUUGUUGUGAACAAGUCCAUGACAUCUGACUGGUUGUUUAUUAUAGGGGAGGGGGUGUGGUGGGGGAAUGUUUUGGGGGUCAGCAAGAUAUUUUUAUUCCCAUCACAGUUUCACCUGUAUGUGGUGGGGUAUUCUAGUGGUUAAAGUGGUCGCUCGUCAUGCCGUAGCUCCGGGUUUGAUUCCCCACAUGGGUACAAUGUGUCAAGCCCAUUUCUGGUGUCUCCCGUCGUGAUAUUGCUGGAAUAUUGCUAAAAGCUGUGUUAAACCAUACUCAUUCCAAUUCUUAGACAUUUUGUAAUUCCAACAGAUGGACACAAACACCUGUUUCUCAUGACUUUGUUGGGGGUGGG